AUGGAGAUCGUCGGGGAGGAGACAGUGGAUCCGCCGAGACCAUCGCCGCCAUCAUCGUCAUCGACGCCGCCAACUCCGACCACCUUCAUCCUCGAAACUGAACCACAACCACAACAACAACACCAAACGAGCGGGUUUUUUGCCAGGAUACGCUCCUCUGUCAUGGCGUCACUUGAGAAGAGGAAGUUGGGCGGUGUAAAGGUGGAAUACACCGAGAUUCCCAGCAGCGAACUUGAGCAUGAAGAGCAGGGUGUGGAGACGGUGAAUGGUGAGCCAGCGAGCUGCAGCAAAUGCGGGCAACCAUCAUCACGGCAUGGGAGAGGAGGGCAGAGGAAGAAGGGGCUGUGGAAGUCGUGGGGGUUGCAAUUGCGGGUUACGGUGCUUGGAGUAGGAUUGUUAGCCCUCAUCCUCCUCCUCAACCUCCUCUCCGCCAUCAAAGACUCCCUCAUCGGCGCCCGCCACAACGACUACGACCCCUUUGUCAACUGGGGCCAACCCAACACCGGCACGGAGGAUCUCUCCUGGUACCCAACUGACUUCCUCCGGGACGUCAUCCCCCUCCCCUGCCACUCCCACAACGACUACUGGCGCCGCGUCCCGUUAUUCGACGCCCUCUACGCGGGGUGCACAGGAGUAGAAGCCGACGUCUGGCUAUUCAACAACGACCUGCUUGUCGGCCACGACCUGGCUUCCUUGCAAGUAAACCGCACGUUUCAAUCCCUCUACGUCAACCCCAUCGUCGACAUCUUGGAGAAGCAAAACCCCAAAACACCGUACUACAACGGGACGCUCAGCGGAGUCUUUGACGUCGACCCUGCCCAGACUUUGGUCUUGCUGAUUGAUCUCAAGACCUCGGGUCAUGAGACUUGGCCGCACGUGCUGAGGCAACUUGAUCCCCUGAGGGAAAGGGGAUGGCUUUCGUUUUAUGAGGAUGGGGAAUUUCACUCGAGGCCUGUGACGGUUGUGGGCACGGGGAAUACACCCUUUGACCUCAUUUUGACACCCCCUUACCCAACCACCACCACCACCACCGCUAAAUACUCCAACUCGACCUGUCCUCCUGACCGCGACGCGUUUUUUGACGCCCCGCUUGAUAAACUUCUACCCGAUUCCCCAUAUAACAGCUCCAACUCCUAUUAUGCCUCGGUGAGCUUCUUCAGGUCGAUAGGUAUUACCCAGUGGUGGAAGGGGGGCGAGCCAACAGCUGGGCAGCUGGCCAAGAUCAGGGGGCAUCUGGCGGCGGCAAAGGAAAGGGGGUUGGUGAGCAGGUACUGGGAGCUGCCUGCUUGGCCGAUUCAUGUGAGGAAUAAGAUUUGGGAGGUGCUGGUUGGGGAGGGGAUGGGCAUGUUGAAUGUGGAUGAUUUGAAGGGGGCGACGAGCGAGGAUUGGAGGAGGAUUAGGACUUGGAGGAGGAUGUUGAGGUUGUUUUGA